AUGAAGUGGCGGAAGAAUGGAGACGCAAUCGCGCCAACAGAUGUAAUCGGAGAAGAAGUGGGGAAGAAGAAACAAGAAAAUCAGACUGUGGAUCUGGAAGAUGUGGUGUCCAUCGAUUCCGAUGAGGAACCAAAAUUUGUGUACGAGCCGUCACAUUUAGAAAAGUUUAUUAAUUAUAUGCUAUGCCGUGGAGAUUUAGCCAAACGGGAGCUGUCUGUGAAACCAGUGACACUUUUGGGAUUGUUCCGGUUUGCUGAACGAAGGGACCAUAUCAUUCUUUUGAUCGGAAUACUUCUUUCUUUUCUGUCCGGAGUUGCUCAGCCAGGUCUUGGAGUCAUUGCUGGUGGAAUGACCAAUACACUGAUUGUGUACAAUGUCACUAGCCCUCAGUUUUUGGAUAGUGCACUUAUGAACGUCUAUCUUUUCGGAGGCAUCGGAGUUGUAGUUCUCAUAAUCAAUUUCAUUCAGGUAUCCUAUUCUAAUCAAAUUAUUUAUAUGUGCUUUCAAAAUGUUUGCAUUCGAAUUGUGACAAAACUGAGAGAGGAAUACAUCAAAUCAAUUCUACGUCAGAAUGCUGGUUGGUUUGAUAAGAAUCACUCGGGAACGCUGACAACGAAACUACAUGACAACAUGGAGCGCAUUCAUGAAGGAAUUGGAGAUAAGCUUGGAGUCCUAAUCCGUGGUAUCGUGAUGUUUGGAACUGGAAUUGUGAUUUCGUUGUUCUACGAAUGGAGAUUGGCACUGAUGAUGAUGGGCAUCGGACCAUUGUGUUGUAUUUGCAUGUCUUUGAUGUCCAGAGUAAGGGAUUGUUUUUCGAAUAUUCAUAAUAAUGAGGUUUUAGUCAAUGUCGUCAUACACAUCGAAAGAAUUAGCAGACGUUGGAAAAGCUGGAAGUAUUGCAGAGGAGUCGUUGAUGGGUGUCAGAACAGUACAGGCGUUCAAUGGUCAGGAAGAGAUGGUUGGAAGGUGCAAUAUUUUUUUUCAUCUUCGUACACUGCUGAACUGGGAAAAGGAAAAUCUUAUGCGGUCAAGAAAGGAUUGUGGGGUGGAUUUUUUGGUGGAAUUUUUCUUCUGAUUCUGUUCACUUAUUUUGGUGGUGGCAUCUUCUAUGGUGGUCAACUUCUUCGUUGGAAGAUUAUCGAAAACCCUGGAGACGUUUUCAUUGUUGUGUUCUCCAUGCUCAUUGGUGCCUACUUCCUGGGUCUCAUCUCUCCGCACCUAAUGGUUUUAUUGAACGCAAGAGUUGCCGCAGCGACGAUUUAUGAGGUUAUUGACAGGGUUCCUGAAAUAGAUGCCUAUUCCAAUGAAGGUCAAAAGAUCGACAAGAUUGUUGGAAGAGUAGUCUUUGAGAAUGUGCACUUUCGAUACCCAACCAGAAAGAAGGCAAAGGUUUUGAACGGAUUGAAUCUCACAAUCGAGCCAGGAACGUCUGUGGCACUUGUUGGACACUCUGGAUGUGGAAAGUCGACAUCUGUUGGAUUGUUAACUAGACUUUACGAACAAGAAGAUGGAAAAGUGAUGAUUGACGGUCAUGAAGUGAGAAAUCUGAACAUUGACUGGCUGAGAAAAGUUGUGGGAAUCGUGCAACAGGAGCCUAUCUUAUUCAGUGGUACCAUCCAUAACAAUUUGUUGAUUGGAAAUCCCAAUGCAACUAGAGAUGACAUGAUUAGAGUGUGCAAAAUGGCAAAUGCUCAUGAAUUCAUUUUGAAAAUGCCAAAGGGUUACGAUACAGUAAUUGGAGAUGGUGGAGUGCAACUGUCGGGAGGACAAAAACAACGUGUUGCGAUUGCAAGAACAUUGAUUCGUGAUCCAAAAGUCUUAUUGCUCGACGAAGCCACAUCCGCUCUUGAUGCUCAAUCUGAAAGUGUGGUGCAAUCUGCACUGAACAAUGCGUCCAAGGGAAGGACCACUAUUAUGAUUGCUCAUAGACUUUCAACAAUCCGUGAAGCCGAUAAAAUUGUAUUUUUCGAAAGUGGAGUAAUUGUUGAAAGUGGGACUCAUGACGAAUUGGUGGCUCUAGGAGGACGAUAUGCCGCUCUUGUUAAGGCUCAACAGUUCAAAGAGGCAGAUGAGGUGGAUGACGAUGUUGAAGAAGACAUAACAGCCAGAAUUGAGAAACAAAUGCCAUCAAGACAAGUCAGCUACCACGGCUCGUGUGUAUCAUUGGCCAGUGCGGAUUUAGAAAUUGGUUACGCCAGUGCUUUCAACAGCUUCAACCUCAAACAAGCACAGGAUGAUAUAGAAAAUGAAGAUUUUGCUGAAGAAGUCCAGAGAGUAAUGGAGGAGGAUGGUGUUAUUACAUCUGGAUACUAUGAUAUUUUCAAAAAUGCAAAAGGAAACUACUGGUAUUUGUCAAUGGGAACAGUUUUUGCUAUCAUGAGAGGCUCGGAACUUGCACUUCUAGCUAUUAUGUUCGGAUAUGUGUUUGAGGCAUUUGAAAAACCUGAUGCAGAAAUGGCUAGAGAACUUGUGAUCAUUUUCAUUUUAUAUGGAUGUCUCGGACUCUAUGUGUUCAUCACCCAAGUUCUCAGUAGCACACUAUUCACAAUUGUUGCUGAAAACUUAGGACUGAAAUUCCGCGUUCAAUCCUUCAAGAACCUUCUCUAUCAAGACGCAUCUUUUUUCGAUAACCCAGCUCACGCUCCCGGAAAGCUCAUCACCAGACUCGCAACUGAUGCUCCAAAUGUGAAAGCUGUCGUGGAUACCAGAAUGCUUCAAGUUAUCUAUUCUAUGACCUCUAUCACUAUCAAUUUGGUCACCGGUUACGCUUGUUGUUGGCAAAUAGCUGUUGUAGGAACAGUAAUGAUUGCUUUAUUCGCUCUGUUGAUGAUUAGUAUGGCUUACAAAAUCGCGAGAGUUAAUUUGAAACAGAUCAAGAGAGAUGAAGCUGGAAAGAUUGCCAUUGAAAUCGUGGAAAAUGUCAAGACUAUUCAACUUCUAACCAGCACCGAGCAUUUUUUGACUGAGUACACUACUGCUCUCGAGCUCCAACAUAAAAGUGAAAUGAAGAAAGCUUACAUUCAAGCCCUAAACAACGCCAUCUCCCAAACGUUCAUGUAUUUUGCAAUGUUUGUCUGCUAUGCGGUCGGAACUCCACUCAUGUACAAUGGCAUUGUUGACCCAAAUGGCGCCUUUCGAGCAAUCAAUUCAAUGAUGAUGGGAUCAGUAGCUGUCAUGCACUCAUCUCACAACUUCCCUGAGUUUGUAAAAGCCAAAACAGCAGCUGGAAUGCUUUUCAAGUUGAUCUAUAGAAAACCGAAAACCGGAGAUGUUAUGAAAGGAAAUCAGUUGGAUAUCCGUGGGAAUAUUUUGUUUGAAUCAGUCAAAUUUUCCUAUCCCCAAAGACCUUUGCACCCGGUUAUGACUGAUCUUCAUUUUACUGCUCGCAACGGACAGACAGUUGCACUUGUGGGACCAUCUGGAACUGGAAAGAGUACGUGUAUCGCGAUGCUAGAACGGUUUUAUGAUGUCUCUGGUGGUGCACUGAGAAUCGACGGACAGGAUAUCAAGACUCUCUCCCUUCACCAUCUCCGAACUCAAAUGGCUUUAGUUGGACAAGAACCCAGAUUGUUUGCUGGAACUAUUAGAGAGAAUGUGUGCUUCGGCUUGAAAGAUGUGAGUCUAGAUGAUGAGAAUCAAGUUAUAAAAAUUAAGAAACUUCAGGUACCAAUUGAAAAAGUUAACCAAGCAUUGGAACUGGCGAAUGCGUCUCGAUUCUUGGCAAAUCUCCCGUCUGGAAUUGACACUGAGGUUGGAGAGAAGGGAUCGCAGCUAUCUGGAGGGCAAAAACAGCGUAUUGCAAUUGCCAGAGCGUUAGUGCGAGACCCAAAGAUCCUGCUACUAGAUGAAGCAACAUCCGCAUUGGAUUCUGAAUCUGAAAGAGCAGUGCAAGAAGCAUUAGAUCGUGCUCGUGAAGGCCGCACCUGCAUCACAAUAGCUCAUCGAUUGUCCUCGAUCCAAAAUUCAGAUCUGAUUGUGUACAUUGAUCAAGGAAAAGUUCAAGAAGCUGGAAACCAUAACCAUCUCAUGUCCCUCAGAGGCAAAUACUACGACCUAAUCAAAAAGCAAGAUUUAACAUCAUGA